AGAAAACCGACCAUGCACUUGUAUGUGUUGACCUGCGGAUGUGCUUUGGCGGACGCCCACGUCGACUUGGUGAGCGCACUGACACCAGCCAACUGGCGAAGCCAGCUGUUCUGAAUGCCUACCGAAGUACGCUGUCAUGCGAGCUGGAUAAACGCUCACUGGAUGCAAUUGAAGUUCACUGGUCUCAUAUUCACCAGACCUUACUAGCAGCAGGAAAAUCCUCAUGUGGUAUGUCUAAUCGCCAACAUGGAUAUUGGGUCUCUUCACAGUCUCUGGAACUUAUAGACGCUCGCCGGCAUAUCCCGGCUGGAAGCG